GAACAGUCAAGUCUACGCGCUGGCGGAAGGACACAGUUUUAGACCUCAUCGCUGUGCUUCGGUUAUCGCCAAGCAGAAAUGUCUGCCUAAGGGAAACCCGCAAGUUACAUAGUGGACAUUUGCAAUAUACAUUCGCAAGAGAUACCGAUUUCAUUAUCUUUCCGACGCGAGACAAGGAACCCCACGCCGUCACUGGCACACCCGAUCGCCCUAGUUGGAUUUUUGACAGCAAAAAAGAUUUAGAAAAGGAUCGGAAGGAUGAACCCUCAGCAGCGGAUUGCCGCUAUCGGGACGGAUAAGGAGCUGAGUGAUCUGCUGGAUUUCAGCGCGAUGUUUUCUCCACCUGCAAACAGUGGGAAAAACAGGCCGACCACUCUUGGAAGCAGCCAGUUCAACGCAACAGGUAUGGAUGAGAGGACAAGCCAAACAUCAUGGGCCUCAGGUGGCCAGUCCAGCCCGUCCUAUGAGUCCUCCAGGGAGUUUGGAGACCGCACUCAUUAUGCUGAUCAGUUGAGUGACAGUCGAUUAGUGUCCCAUGAAGGAUUGUCCCCAACACCUUUCAUGAACUCCAGCAUAAUGGGCAAGUCUGAGAGGCCACCGUUCUCUGGUUAUGGAAGAGUGCCAGGCGUCUCUGGAUGCCAGCCUAGUCUGAGGUCGGACAUGGGACUGGCAAGCCCAGUGCCCGUCACCACCUCUGGGAAGUCGCCCACUCCGUUCUACUCUUAUACUGGCUCCAAUCCACGAAGACGCUCCCUACAGGACUCCGCUUCACUGGAUCCUCAGCAAGCGAAGAAAGUGCGCAAGCCCCCUCCUGGCCUGCCUACAUCUGUGUAUGCACCAUCUCCCAGCUCAGAUGACUUCAACAGAGACUCUCCAUCCUACCCGUCCCCCAAACCCCCCAGCAGUAUGUUUGGAAGCACUUUCUUCGAUGGGACCCACAAUUCCUCUGACCUGUGGAACUCGUCCAGUGGGAUCAGCCAGCCAGGCUAUGGGGGAAUGCUGGGAGGAUCUUCAUCUCACAUGCCACAGUCUGGAAACUACAGUAACCUGCACUCACACGACCGCCUGAACUACCCACCGCACUCGGUGUCGCCCACAGACAUCAACGCUAGCCUGCCACCCAUGUCCAGCUUCCACCGCGGCAGUGCCAGCACCUCACCCUUCGUCGCUGCAUCUCACACCCCACCAGUCAACACCGCAGAGGGAGUUAUGGCUGCUGCCAACCGAGGGAACACCACUGGAAGCUCUCAGACUGGAGACGCGCUGGGAAAAGCCCUGGCUUCGAUUUAUUCUCCUGACCACACCAGCAGUAGUUUCCCCUCAAACCCCUCCACUCCAGUGGGCUCUCCCUCUCCUCUGACGGCUCAGGCGGGCGCUGGCACAGCAGGUACAGUGGUGACGGCCAGCGGCCCCACAGGAAGGGCAGGUAGAGCACCAGUCUGCCUCUCUGAUCCCACACACACACACACACACACAUUCUCUCCAUGCCACACGCUCACCAGUCAGUCACACAGUGGCCCUCAGAAGUAUUUGGACGCAAAAAAUCGUGUGCACCAGCAGCUUCAUGAGCAUCUGCAGGAUGCCAUGUCCUUCUUAAAGGAUGUCUGCGAGUCUCGGAUGGAGGACCGGCUGGACAGGCUGGACGAUGCAAUCCAUGUCCUGCGGAAUCACGCUGUGGGCUCCACUGCCGCCCUGUCUAGCGACAUCCACAACCUGUUAGGACAAGCGCACAACGGUCCAAUCUCAGCCAUCGGCACCAGUUUCCCGGCUUCUGGAUUGGUCACCAACCGAACAGCACAAAUGGGCUCUGUUCACCGCGAAGAGACCGUCAGCCUGAACAACAACCACGGUGGCCUGCAGGCCAACACCGGUCCCACCUCCAGCUCGGAGCUCAACCACCAGGCAGACACGUUCAGAGCAAUCGCUAGCGCUCUGGCCGGUCAAAUUGCUUCUCCUCUGGACCUGAAGAUCGAGAAUCAAGAAAAAGAUGAAAUGCACGAUAACCAAUCCUCCGACGACCUCAAAUCAGACGACGAGAGUGAUAAGAGGGAUACGAAGCAGACUCGGGGAAGCACUCGUCCAAGCAGUGUCAAUGAAGACGAGGACCUGAACCCCGAGCAGAAGGCAGAGCGCGAGCGAGAUAGGAGAAUGGCCAACAACGCCCGAGAAAGGCUGCGCGUCCGGGACAUCAACGAGGCGUUCAAAGAGCUGGGCCGCAUGUGUCAGCUGCACUUGAAGAGCGAGAAGCCCCAGACCAAACUGCUCAUUCUUCACCAGGCCGUCACUGUCAUACUCAACCUCGAACAGCAAGUCAGAGAGAGGAACCUAAACCCCAAAGCAGCCUGCCUUAAGAGGAGGGAGGAAGAGAAAGUGUCAGGGGUUUCAGGUGACCCCCAGCAAGCCCACCCACCUGUGCACCCGGGCCUCACAGACACAUCCAACCCCAUGGGCCAUCUGUGAACAGCCAGAUCAAAUAAAUGGAGUGUGUUAGACAGAGUCGGCGACCUUGCUUUCCACGGGCGGACAGGACUUACAGUUUGUGACACAAAUUUGAAAAGACAGACCACUCGAAGCAAAAUUCCACCGUUAAGCAAUCCUGAGAUAGAAGAAAACUGGCAAGUGCCCAGCUCCCUGUGAAGACAUCCCAUAUCGAUAAGCAACUUUCUGCCCACCGGAGAAAAAAAAAAAUCAUAUCAAGCAUAAAAGCCCCUCAGCACAUAUCGCUGUCUGCAAGCCGUGUGCCGCAGCUGUACAAUCAGAGACUGUCGCCACCCCCUCCACCCUGUACGUGGAAGAUGCCUUGUGCCUAAACUGAAUUGACGAAUGCAUUGUAACAGCAGUUGUUGUUGUUGUUUUGGUUUCUUUGUUUGUUUGUUUUUUUCCUAUUUAUUAUGUUACCGAGCUGUAAGUCUAUGUUUAAAGGGAAAGUUCUGCCAUUGCUCUGAGAAGCUGGUGGCGUUUCAGUAGAUCUGCAGUUUGUCGUGUGCUGUCCGCAGCCUCUCUCUACUGUCGGUCUGUGGAAGGGCCUCUCCAAUCGAUGAGAUUACCGUAUUCAGAUCAAAUCCCAUGCCCUCGUGAAAGAAUCUGAUGGUGUUUGAGCGUUCAAAGACUCAAGGAUCCCUGUGUCUAAAAAAAGAAAAAAGAAAUAAUAUAUUAUUUAUAUUUAUCAUACAUUCAUUCCACAAAUAACAGCAUGAGAAACCAAAACUACCUAAUUCUUUAUGACGUUUGUGAAUAGUGUAGCUCAGAAUCCUCAUCCCAGACAGAAAGUUAUGAACAGCCUGUGCUUUUUCGACCAGAUUCCCUGUGACGUGGAGACGAUGGUGGAACGGCAAACUCUGGCUUUACUGAAAGGUCAAAGGUCAAACACAAGCUGCCAUGUUUAUACUCAUUAGUGAGCCGUACAGAUACGGAAAGCAGAAAGUUACAAAACCCCAGCAUUCCCUGCAUAUUUCUUAGUGUCUUAAACAGGAAAGGGGACGCAGUCUCGUUCUUUUGAUUCCUUUGCCAUAUAGUGUUAAGGGUAAAGCGAAAGACGUAUUUCAGAUUCAGUUUGUUUGUUUUCAAGCGUUACUUUAUUUGGUCGAAGAGCCGUGGUUAUGCCGAGGCCAUCUGUACUGAGGGAUCUCUGUUAUACCGCGCGACAUGGCACUGUUGGAAAAGAGUUGAAUUUAAAACGAAGACCAUUCAUUCACCUGGCCUGAAUUGAAGUUUUGUUUUGUGUUCUUUUGUUUUUCUAAAACCAUUAACAAUUAAAAAAAGAGAAGAAGAAAAAAAAGAAAUACUCAAAGUAACCAUAUGUUAUUUUUGUUUAUUUGUAAUUAUAUACAAAGCAGCUCUCUAGGCUUCAUAGUAAAGCGUAUAUUUGUCUUGUGAAAAUAGAAGGAUGUUCUAAGUUACUUAGAAUGGCUUUGUCUUUCCCCUCAUGCAUUGAAGUACUUGAUACUUGAUCAGCAGAAUGUGAGCGCAAUGUCUGUUCGAAAAAAAGAGAAGCUCUAUGAAUUCAAAUCCAAAUCAGCAAACAGUGGAAAUGAUGAACAAAGCCAGUUUGGAUCAGGAUUUUUCUCUGCCAUUAUUUGUUUUCUUUGUAAAUCUAAAGAAAGCAGCAGUCACCACUUUCAUUUUAUAAAGUAUGCGUUUUUCUUUGACCAAAACUGACUUUUUUUUUUUUUAAACGUCUUGCUUUGGAACUGUUUUUCUGUCCCGUCUGUUUGUCUUCCAUGUGUUCACACCAUUGAAACAAGACUGCCACAUUCUCUAUGAAUCACUCUCUCGGAUACGAAGUCAAAAGAACAAAACUUAAGGAAAGAUUUCAGAACAUCAGCAUUAUUUUCCUUCUGUGUGUUUUUCUCUCUCUCUCUUUGCUUUGUGGAGAGUUUCCUUCCUUAACAAAAUGAUCGUGAAAUCCACUAGUCUUUGUGGCCUUGUUAUACAUUUCAGUAUUCAAGAGCUUGUAUUUUUGCCGGCUGAAAAUUAAUCAAGGUUAUGAGUCAUCUUUUUGUCUGUUGUUUUGUUUUCCCUGUUGUUUUCCACCUUUUCCUUUUUUUCUGUGUUCUGUUUUUCCUCUGUUGGAUAUGUUAGAUUUUGCUGUAUGCCCUGAUGCUUUCCCUCAUAACAAAAAAAAUGUAUGUAAAGGAUUAAAAAAAAAACAUUUGGCUUAUUUUUCACUAUAGUUAGUCUUUUAUACAAUAAUAUUGUAAGAACAUUUCUUGAAUUCUAAAUAUUACUCUUUCUAGAUUUUUGAAAUCAAAAGUUUUGAGUAAAAAGUUUCUUACUUUAUUUUACUAUAUUAGAUAGUAAAAAAAAAUGUACGGUUAUUUACCAUAACCUGUCCAUUAUUAUAAAAAAAGAUUAUGGAUAGCAUCUUAAGAACAUAAGUAGGAUUGUAGCUGGCAGUCUAGUAUGUAUGGGGUAUUGUACGAGCUCGAUGUUUCAGAGGAUGUGCUCUCCAUCUCUGUCUCCAGUCUGCAUUGUUGGUUGAUGAACGAUUUGUACCCAUGACAAAAUUCAAGGUAUUGUCAAUACACAUCAGAAAACCAGCAGUAAGAAGUCGAAUUCUUUUUUCUUUUUUUUCUGUCUCUGUAACAGAAACACAAUAUGUAUAUAACAUUUAUGUAGCAAUAAAUGUGCCAUCUUUUUU